AUGGGCGACGCAAGCACCAGAGGGACUCAAAUGGGCUCGCGACCAGUCCGGGUCGCGAACUGUUCGGGAGCAAGAGGAGAUCCAGGCUAUCAAAUGCGGCGUCAGGCCACUGAAGGAGAUGUAGACUUCAUCACCGGCGAUUACCUGGCUGAAAUGAAUCUUGCCGAAAACGCAGAGAAGAUGAAUCAAGGCAAACAUGACGGGUGGGAGCCAACGGCCUGGGACGGUCUUCAGCAGACGCUCGAUGUCCUAGACCGGAAGAGGAUCAAGGUCAUCAUCAACGGUGGUUCCUUGAAUCCUAGCGGACUUGCCCGGAAAUGCCAGGAUCUAGUGAAGCAGAAGGGCUACAGCCUUAAAGUGGCCUACGUGUACGGCGACGACCUCCUCGCCGAGGUCAAGAGCGGCCUCGAGAAGACUGGAACUCUGCCCAAGCAUCUCGACUCGGAAAACGACAAAAUCUCUCUUGCCGAGAAUGCCACGGCGUUGCUCGACACUCGAGGCAAACCGAUAGUGUCUGCAAAUGCCUAUCUGGGUGCUCGAGCUAUCGUCAAAGCCCUGGAGCUCGGUGCGGACAUCAUCAUCUGCGGGCGCGUAGCCGAUGCUUCUCCGGUGAUCGGAGCCGCAUGGUACUGGCAUCGGUGGUGCGACACCAGCUACGACCAGCUGGCUGGAGCCCUCAUUGCUGGCCAUCUUAUUGAAUGCUCGGCGUAUGUGACCGGCUCGAAUUUCUCCGGGUUUGACGAGUAUCCGCUGGAGACAUUUAUUGAUCUGCCGUUUGGUAUUGCAGAGAUUGCUGAGGAUGGAACGUCUGUCGUUACCAAGCAUGAAAACACGAAGGGAUUGGUCAACGUUGACAAUGUCAGAUGCCAGUUUCUGUAUGAGCUGCAAGGCAGUGUAUACCUCAACUCUGACGUUACCGCUCAUGUCGAAGACAUACGGAUCGAAGAGGUUGGCAAGGAUCGAGUCCGCCUUUCCAACGUCAGGGGUUCCCCACCGCCCCCGACGACAAAAUUGGCCAUUUUUUACCACGGUGGGUUUGAGAGUCAAUUAUUGUUCAAUGCCACCGGAUACGCGACGGCCAAAAAAUGGGAGUUGAUGGAAAUGCAGUUCCGGUAUUUCUUACAAAAGAAGGGCAUCUGGGACAAGCUGCAGCUUUUCGACUUUCAGGUACUGGGAACUCCAGCAUCAAACCCGCGAACCCAGUUCAGCAGCACCACAUAUGCCCGAGUGUUGGCACAGGCAGACUCUGAAGGCUUGUUGUUCGCCCUGGUUCAAACAUUCUCCGAGUUUGCCAUGCAGCACUUCUCGGGCUUCCACCUGUCGCUGGACAUGAGAACUGCGCUUCCACGUUCGUAUCUGGCCUAUUAUCCCGCACUGUACCCUCAAGACUCGCUGGACGAAGGCGUGGCAAUUCUAGAUGCGGAAGGAAAUAUAGUCAGCACCGCCGAAGCGGGACACCCAUCGCAAUACUCAACGCUCACCCCACGAGCCAACUAUGAAACGGAGCAGGCCGUCGACGUUUCCACCUUUGGACCGACAAUCUCAGCACGACUAGGAGACGUUGUUCUCGCAAGGUCCGGCGACAAAGGUGCAAACAUCAACAUUGGAUUGUUCGUUCGAAAACCCAACCAUUACCCCUGGUUGCAGGCUUUUUUGACUCGUGCGCGGAUGCAGACUCUGAUGGGUGACGACUGGAGGGAUGACUAUUAUAUUGAGAGAAUGGAAUUUCAGAAUUUGUUGGCUGUUCAUUUUGUCAUUUACGGUCCCCUGGGGAGGGGAGUGAGCAGCUGUCGGUUGUUGGAUGCGUUGGGCAAAGGAUUUGCGGAUUAUAUUCGAGACAAGGUGGUUGAGAUUCCCGUAAGCUUUCUGGCCGAGGUUGAAUCCUCCAGGCUGUAG